AUGGAGCGAUUGAAGGAGCUGGAGGAGAAGAGAAGACAAUUGAAGGAGCUGCGUGAGAGGCGGAAACAAACCAGCUUGUUCCCAGCCAUCGAGGCGAUGGGCAACUUGCCCAUAGGGGUGCAAGCCAAAACAACUAUGGUGAGUGUUUCUGUACAGACAGAGAAGGAGGAAACCUCGAAAACUCAAGAGCCUGAGCCCACGUAUCCCCGACGCAAAGAAGUGGUAACAUACGAUAAAGGCAUUCAAACAGACCGGGUCGAACAAGAACUGCAACAAGAGGACGACAUUUCCACCGCUGCUGCUGCCGCUACUAUGGUCGUCGAGAAUAGUAACACCAAAAGUGAAGACACGCAGCCAAGAUUGGAACUGGCCAAACCUUUUCUCAUUGAAGAGGCGGCAGCAACAUUGAAUGACGCUAGCUUUGCGCAGCUGGAGGCGGCAGUUUCGGCAACAGGCGAUGAGGCAUCAUCGGAGAUGCAACAAGAUGCAGAUGGUCCGAUGCAAUGGUCCAUGGUAAGUAAGAACGUACGCUCAGAAGCCGAUUGCCAUCUCAUCGCACAGGAAUAUGACCCUCAAAAAGGUAUCUUAGUCGUAGUGUAUGUUCGACUGCCACCGAUAGAUCAUCAGUAUGCUAGCAAUGAGGCAGCAUGGUCCGUUGUCAACGUGGUGAAGUGUGACAGCGCCAACGGUUGCAAUGGUCUGCUGGUGGAUAUGGCGGAGUUUCGCGGUACACGGAUCGUGACAGCCACAAUUCUCCGCCGUAAUCACCAAGAAAGUCAGGUAGUAUCGAUUCUGCUGACCACGUUAACUGGCAAGGUCAUAUUGUACGAACUUAGGUUGAAGCAGAAGAACCAAGAAGCACCGGUAGUGUAUGUUGUGCAGCGGAAUAUGGUUGCAAGACACUACUUUCAUCACCCAGUGAUGGCUGUACUCGAGACAAGUGCUGUACGGGGCCAAGAGAAAGUGCUUGUUGCAGCGGAUAAUGGCACUAUUAUCGAGUUGAGCUGCUUAGACCUGACCUUAUUGCGGAAGCCACAGCAGCUUCGUCCCGUGCCGCUAUCGCAGCUUUUAUCGCUAGAGACUGAGAAUAGUGCAUAUAUAGCUAGACUGCAGCGCUUAGCGAAGUUCGACGAUGUAGGUAUUGCCAGCGUCGCACAUUCGCAUGAAGACCCGCAGCAUGUCUGGAUUGGUGGCGAGGACGGUGGUAUUUACAAGGUUUUCUGGGACCAGCCUGGCCCACUAUACCUAGCAAUAAACAAUAAUGGAUUUCAGCCAGUAGAAUGUCACUCUACCAGAGUUACCGCAUUGGAGUUCUAUUGGGACGAUGCUCGGCGGCUAAUGCUUCUGUUAUCAUGUUCAACGGACUGGACAGUGCGGUUGUGGGACGCGCGAGCAGGAAAAACUGCCAUUGAAAGGCCGCUAUUGUUAGGGGCGCCAGUACUCCGUGCACGUUGGCUUGAACACGAUGAAGGGGGAAAUAGUCGCAUCCUACGGUGCGGUGUGUGGUGUGCAGAUGGACGUUACGUUGUCGUAAAAUGGGCUUUUGAUUCGAACAUGUCUCUUUACACGGCAACAGUUAUCUCCUAA